UGAAGUUUCUCCACAAUAAUGCUGUUGAGUCCAGCCCCGCCAAAGUGCGUACAUCUUCGAGCUACGACUUCGUUAACCUGUUGUCUAUUGCUUGGCUUAUAGCAAUAGACAAUAAGUUAAAUAUCGUCAGAAUUUGAACAAUACACCCAAGCCAAAAAGUUGAAGCCUAAUCGAGUGGCGUUCAUGUGCCAUAUACCUUUUGUUUUCAAUAUCGUCAUCAUUCAUGGCGGAACAUGAUAGUACGAAAGGCAUGCUUUACUCCAGCUGAAACAAAGUCUCUCAAACACAUCUCACGUCCUUUCUUCAUGGAACAACGAAGAUUGUUGCCAAUGGACUGGAGUAAAGUGCGACCGAGCAAAUGGACAUGUCGUCAUGCUCAAGAUCACGCCAGAAUACAAAUUCCCAUUUCGCCAUAUUUCUUUCACAGCCAAUGAAUUGAACUCUUCUUUGCUGAAUUUGAGAUACUUGAGCUACCUGGAGUUGAGCAAGAUCCAUUUCAAAAAGGCGAACAUACUCAAUGAUAUCGGCUCGAUGAAGCAAUUGAGGUACCUUAAUUUAUCCGACUCUUUUGGUUUUGCAACUUUUCCUAGUGAAUGGGGAAAUCUCACUCAGUUGGAAGUCCUCGAUCUCCAUAGUUAUUUUCACGUGGGUGUUGUUGAUGACCUUCAAUGGGUUUCCCAUCUUCAAGCAUUAAAGUACCUUGACAUGAGCGGCCUGAAUUUUACUAAAUAUGGAAACCCCAUGCGGGUGAUCAAUAUACUCCCAUCCUUAUCUCAUUUAAGCCUAUCAAAUUGCGGGCUUUAUGACUUUCACUUGCCUACUCAUCUUGAUCUUCAGUACCUCGAUCUUUCAGAGAAUUUUUUCCAAGGUCCCAUCCCAAGCACCAUAUUCCAAAACAUGACUUCUCUUCGGCACCUUGAUCUUUCAUCGAAUUCUUUCCAAGGUCCCAUCUCAAGCACUAUAUUCCAAAACACGGCUUCUCUCCAACACCUUGAUCUUUCAUGGAAUAUGUUUAGAGGUUCCAUUCCCAGCACUAUGUGUCAAAACAUGACUUCUCUGCGGCACCUAGCUCUUUCAAGGUGUUUUAUCAAAGGUCCCAUCCCGUGCGCUAUAUUUCAAAACAUGACUUCUCUUUGGCAUCUUGAUCUUUCAAUGAACUUUUUCGAAGGUCCUAUCCCGAGCGCUAUAUUUCAAAACAUAACUUCUCUUCGGCAUCUCGAUCUUUCAUGGAAUCAUUUCAACUCUUCAGUACCAAGGUGGUUCGAUAACUUGAGAAGUCUUGUCGAUCUCGAUCUUGGAUGGAAUCUUUUGCAAAGCAUUGAAGGAGGGUUGUUCUCUUUCUUAAGGAACAAACCAUCCCUCGAGUCACUAUCAUUGCAUGAUAACGAACUUCAUGAUGAGUUAUUUUUAGUUGAGGGAAAUUCUUCGGGGCUUAUCGGGAAAAACUUGGAGCGAUUGGAUGUAAGUGAUAAUUUUCUCCGAGGAGCUUUGCCAGAUUGGCUAGUGCACUUGAAAAACUUGACAUGGCUUGACCUAUCAUCUAAUCAAUUACAUGGAACCAUCCCGUCAUCAUACGGUUGGUUAUGCUUGGAACAACUUUCUCUUUCUUAUAAUCAAUUGACAGGGAAUAUUCCAAAGGCAUUAGGAAGAUUGCAAGUCUUACGGUCUUUAGAUCUCAGUAACAAUCUUCUAAAUGGCACCAUUCCACAAAGUCUCGGGCAACUUCAAGAUCUUGACUGGUUAGAUCUUUCAGGAAAUUCCUUGAGAGGAACAAUUUCUGAAAUCCACUUCGCCAACCUCUCGAAGCUAGAGUACUUAGAUAUCGGCAACAACUCUUUAACUUUCAAGGUGGAUUCCGAUUGGAUACCGCCCUUCGAUCUGUCUUACAUAGUGAUGAUGUCUUGCGAUUUCAGAAAGGAAUUUCCGCAAUGGAUAAAAACGCAAGUCAAUGCAAAAAAUAUAGUGUUGUCCAACUCAUCCAUCAUAGGAGCUCUCCCUGAUUGGCUAGGUCUCAUGUCAUUCUACUCCCUGGAUCUCUCUUACAACCAAAUAAAUGGAUCUCUGCCGAAAUUUCAUCCUAAAUUGUUCUACUUAGAUCUCUCUCACAACUUAAUCUCAGAACCUAUUCCGCAAGAUAUUGCCCGAGCGAUGCCUCAUAUAAGUUCCUUGAAACUGAAUGAUAACCUCUUAAGUGGUCCAAUACCAACCUCAUUAUGCGAGAUGGAAUUUUUGGAUGAGUUGCAUCUUGAAAGGAAUGAAUUAGUUGGCAAAAUACCUGAUUGUUGGAAGGCGAACAUUUUGAGUCUCGUUGAUCUAUCGUCCAACAAGUUGUCUGGAGUCAUACCGAGUUCUUUGGUAAAUCAAACUCAGCUUCUAUCAAUAUACUUGAGCAACAACAGUCUCCAGGGAGAAAUUCCCGUGACUAUGAACUAUUGCAGGAACUUGCUAGUUUUGGAUCUUGGUGAGAACAAAAUCUCUGGAAGUGUUCCACAUUGGUUUGGAACAAGCUUUCAGUUUCUAAAUAUUCUAAGACUACGAGAAAACAUGUUCAAUGGCAGUAUUCCUUCACAACUAUGCUCACUCCCCGCAUUGCGAAUGUUGGACCUAGUAGUGAAUAAUCUAACGGGAAGGAUUCCAAAUUGUCUUGGCCAUAUGACAGGUAUGAAACUACCCAAAAACGUAGAUGAAGGCAAUGCGCUUUCCCCUACUUAUGAGGCUGAACCUUCCGUGAAUGACUCGAUGCCUGCUGCCCUCGAUCCAUCAAUUUGGUAUAUAUUGCAUGUGGAGCAGGUCGUGAAGGGGAUAGACCUUGACUACACAACACUCGCUCUACGACUUAUGGUCAAUUUGGAUCUCUCAAGCAACGAAUUGAUUGGGCGAAUCCCUGAAGAGCUUACCUUGCUCUCCAAAUUACGAGGCUUGAACUUAUCUCGCAACUUUCUUUCUGAAGGCAUCCCAACUAUGAUUGGACACAUGAAAUGGCUCGAGUCACUUGAUCUUUCAAAUAAUCACCUUUCAGGAACAAUCCCACAAAGCUUUUCUGCGUUUAAAUCAUUGAGCAAAUUGAACUUGUCUCACAACAACUUUACGGGGCCAAUUCCCAAAGGAAAUCAAAUCCAAACCCUUGAUGAUCCUUCCAUUUAUGCAGACAACCCUCUACUUUGUGGCGAUCAUCUACAAAAGAAAUGCCCCAGUGUUGAGGCCCCUCGAGUGUCAGAAGAAGAUCCCGAUGAAGAAGGUAAGCUUGAAAAGGUGAUGUUCUACAUAGUCAUAAUGCUUGGGUUUGCAACUGGGUUUUGGGGAGUUAUUGGAGUUUUGGUGUAUAAGAAGAAUUGGAGACGCGUCUACUUCAACUAUGUGGAUCGUAAAACAGACAUGGUCUACGUGAUUAUUGUAGUGAAGGCAGUUGAGUUGAGGAGGAGAUUGAGAAGAGCAUAACAAGCCUGUUCUCCACAUCAGUCAGUCCAAUCCUUUGUUGAUCUCACGAAGUUCUUGCUUUCUUGUUUAAGCAGAAUCAUCUUGUAGUUGGCUUGUUUCUCCUUUUGAGUAGUUACUAGUAGCCAAUUAUGUAAAUGUUGGUUCAAAGCUAUAUACAUCAUUACCUUUACCAAAAAAAUAAUAUAUAUAUUGUUUUCUUCA